AUGAAAGCGUUCCUCCCAAUCUCGCCAGCUCUUCUCUACUGCUCUUUCUACGCCGUCUGCCUAUUCCUCCUCUCCUGUUACCACACCUGGAUGCGUUCGCCCAACGAGAUAUCAGAGAACAUGAUGAUGGUCACCAACUUCGUCGUCGGUCUCGAAUCUUCGAUUCUACGCGGAAAACGCGACGUGAAUAGCUACGUCUUCGUGUUGUGGGGCAUUUUGUGCCAGAUUUUGUUUUUUUUGACGUGCUAUCGGAUGUCAGAACUUGUGAUGAGAAUCUAUUGUGCACUGGUUGGAAAGGAGGACUCUGUGAGACCGGCGUUCUUGAAUUCGAUCGAGGAAGAUGUGCAAAUCGGUGGAAAUACGAAGAAAAAUGAUUAA